AUGGGUAAUCCAAGCGCAAAGAGAAAGAGACCCGAGGGCAUGGGCUUCCGCAAGCCCAAAAAGACCAUCAGCAAAAAGUUCAAAAAGCAAAAGGCAUACCACAGUGACAGCGAGAGCGAAGACGAUGUCCGAUCCACAAACACCACCACCGAUUUCAAGCCCGUCAACAUGGAAGACUCGGACGAAGAGAGUGAAGAGGACGACGACGAAGACGAUGACGAAGACGACAACCAAGUCGAGGAUCUCGAUGCGCUGGACGACGAGGACCUAGACGAAUCCGAUCUAGAAGACGACGACGAAAUGGACCUAAGCGACGACGAGGAUGGAGAAGGCAAACAGAGAAAGACACGCAAACGCAACGAUCCCACCGCCUUCGCUACAUCCAUGUCCAAGAUUCUGGGCACAAAACUCACCACCUCGAAACGACAAGAUCCCGUUUUGUCAAGGAGUGCUGCUGCAACUGCCGCUUCCAAGGAGUUGGCCGAUCAGAAGCUUGAAUUGAAGGCAAAGAGAAAGUUGCAUGCCGAGAAGAGAGAGGCGUUGGAAAAGGGUCGUGUCAAGGAUGUUUUGGGUCUGAACACCCCUGAGGUCAGCACUGCUGAGAUUCAGGAAACCGAGAGGAGGUUGCAAAAGACUGCUCAACGUGGUGUUGUCAAGCUCUUCAACGCUGUCAGAGCCGCUCAGGUACAGGGAGAGCAGGCUAGAAGCGAAGCAAAGAGGGAGGGUGUGGUCGGUAUCUCGCAGAGAGAGGAGAGAGUCAGCGAGAUGUCCAAGAAGGGCUUCCUCGACCUCAUCGCCACGGGAGGAAAGAAGCCUGCUGCUGUUGAGGCUUAG